AUGUUACCUAUAUCUUCAAGUACAGUUGCUAAAUUCACCUCUGACUUUUACUUUAUUGAAUUUCUUUUCUUCUUCGCUGGAGCUUCAAAUGGCAUCAAAGAGCGAUGGGCUCAUCACACGACAGAUGGCAGUAUUCUUCUUGUUGUGAUCAUAGUUUCUGGGAUUGUGUUGAUUCCGUUAGUCACUUAUUUAGGGGAAUGCAAACGUUUUGGAAAAGUACUCAGUCAUCUUUGGAUGGGCGUGCUUUUCAGUGUUUUAUCCUUUACAGAGAUUGCCUUCGAUCAUCCAAUAGAUUCUCUUCAAGACUUGGAUUUCACUGAUUUUCUUGUAAUAACGAGCACAGUAUUCCAUGUCCUCAAAACUCUUACUGUAAGAAUCUGUGGGACAGCUUCUUAUGAAUCGAUCUUCCUUUCAACAGAGGAGUGCAUGUAUCUUGUGGGAUUUCUGUGUACUACUGGAACGAUGCACUUUGCAAGCAUGCUAACAAUAACUGUUCAGACUGUUGCAGUCACAGUUCACCUAAUGGCGUUUCAUAUGAAGUCAAGCGUGACCCUUUUGAGUGCUUGCUGUCUAUGCUUUUUGGGAAGUGUGCAUUUCGUUUCAGCCAUUGAUGUCCAUUACAACCCAUACAUUUUAUUAUGUUUCAUUGUCCAUCUUUUCUUCGAAUCAGUUAUUGAUAUUUACUUCUCAAGGUUGUCUUUGUUAGGGACCUGGAAGAAAUUUAUCUUUUACGGUUGCUUGGCUCACAGAUUACAGAUACUUGCAAUUGUGGUUUUGGAAGUCCUUUUCUAUGUAUCAGGCAUGCAGCUUUUUUAUGAACCUGAUCUGCCAGUAUAUAGAAAGCUCAUCUUCGUACUGAUGUUCUUUUACUGGGUGCCAAUCCAUAUUAUGUUUAUUUUAACUUGUUGGAGAUUUGUUGGAAAGCUUGAGGAAUGCGCUAACAUUGCAGACUCAACGGGAAAUUUCAGUGAUAGCGCCAUGUCUCAUAUAAUGGCAUCAAAGGGAGUCAGGCACUUAUCUCUAGUCUUAAUCAAUGUUACAUUUUGUACGAUAAUUUCAACAGUUAUUGCAAUUGCAUCAUCGUGGCAGGGAAAAAAUCCAUGCUUAAUCGGGAUGAUGUUUAUUGUUCUUCCUAUAGAGUUACUUGUGCAUGACUUCAUAAACAAUCUUGGUAAGUCUGUGGGAGGAACAGCAAUCGGUUAUUCCAUAGUCGUACCUGAUUGUAAGUACAGCCCUACUGGGGAAGUAAUCGGUCUUGCAGAAAGUGUUUUCCAAUUUGUCUACACCAAAGCAACAGAACUUACCUUAAUAGUGUCUAGAUUUUUCUCGAGACACAUGAUUUACGACUAUGGUGCUGACGUUUUGCCAAGUGGUAUCUCAGCUGACGAAAUAGAGAAAAAGAUAACUUCAUUUUUUCAUCAACGUGUUCUUCCUUCCCAAGCGAGUUUGCACUAUGACACAUACAUUCUUUACUACAGUGGACAUGUGAAGGAUAAUGGUGACUGGCUGCUUAGAGAGAACAAGACACUCUCACUUAACAGCAUCUUAACAUGGUGGGGAAACACAAAUGCCGAAACAGGUGCGAGACUCAUAUUACUGCUAGAUACUUCACAUUCUCAUAAAUGGGUGAAUGAUAUUUGGCAAGUUGAAAAUGACUUUAUUGCCAUCCAAACUGGCAAACUGACAGCCACUUUUGAUGCAGAGGAAGGAAACGUUUUUGCUUUGGGUACAAUUACAAAACUAUGGGACAAUUUUAACACAUCUCAAGAUGCGUCCACACCAGAGCACAAGUGGGACGAAGACAGCGCAAAAGUCGAGCUAUUAUAUGGUGUUUCUAAAAAAUGGUCUUUUUUUAAGUUUCAUGAGCCAACAAAGGGAGAUAUUGCUUUGCACCUGGAACAAAACUUUCCACAAUUCAUCGGACCAGUCACUGAGUUAUUCACCCAUUCUCCCUAUAAUUCUCAUGGUCUAUGCAUGUUCAAAAGCUGGUUUAUGGGCGUUUGCCGUCAAAUAAAGUUGCGUUGGUUCCCUCCAGCAGUUUAUGACACCGGUCAUGGAUUCUGGUUCAUUAUGUGUCAAAGACGAACAUUUUCUUAA